AGGGGCGAGUCAGGGGGCGGGGCCGGGUCGGGACACUCCCCACGGGCGGGGCCGCCUCCCAGCCACGCCCCGUGGCGGAGCCGUCCCCGCCGGGGAAACGAAACCGGAGUGCAGCCCCGGCACCCCCCCGCACCCCGGCAGCGGACACCCUCCGCACCGGAUGCCCACCAUGACGCUCUGGCUGCCCCUAGUGUGGCUGGUGGCCGCGGCCACAGCCACUGUCACCCCGGUGCCCACGGCAGAGGCCUCUUCCAGGUUGCUGCAGCUGCACAGACAGCACCUGAUGCUGGUGUCCCCCCAUCCUGCCCCAGGCCCGCUGGGGGAUGUGGGGUCACCCGUCCUGCCUGCGCCCACCACCCAUGCCCACCCCGAGGAGCUGCCCAGCUCGGAUGCCCCCCUCAAGGCUGCAGACCCCCCGAGCCCCAACGCGCCUGAGGGAGCACCCGAGGAGCCGGGCACCUUGGCCAACAGGAGCACGACAGCACCCACACCCAGCACCACCCAGGGCCCCCCUAGCACCCCAGGCACCAGCGCCCUGCCGUGCCCCGGGGACGAGGAGCCCGCCGAGGUCUGCGGGGUGCCCACGGGGGAGCAGCAGGCAGCCGUGGCCGAGGCGCUGGGCACCUUCGCCCUCCGCUUCUACCAGCACAUGGCGGAGGCUGCCCAGCCCGAUGCCAACCUGCUCUUCUCCCCCAUCAACAUCGCCAUGGGGCUCUCACACCUCCUGCUGGGCGCCCGCGGCGAGACCCGUGAGCGCCUGGGCGCCAUCCUGGCAUACCCACCAGAGCUGGCCUGCGUGCACGGCGCCCUGCAGCAGCUCGCUGACGCACCCGGCCUCUUCUCCGCCGUGCAGAUCUUCCAUGACCCAGAGCUGCGCCUCCAGCCACGCUUCCUCAAUGAGUCGUGGCACUUCUACCACGUCCGCCCACGGACACUGAGUGGCAACGAGAGCCUGGACCUGCUGCACAUCAACGAGUGGGUGCGCGAGGCCAGCCGGGGGCUGCUGCCCAGCCUCCUGCCCACGCUGCCCCCCCAGCCCCGCCUGCUGCUGCUCAGCGCCGUCCACCUCCAGGCCGCCUGGCGCACGCCGCUGGAGGUCAAGCAGACGGUGCCACUGCCCUUCCUGCGCCCUGGGCGCCCCCCCCGCCUGGUGCCCACCAUGACCAGCAAGAAGUACCCGGUGGCCUCCUUCAUUGACCCCCACCUGCAGGUCCAGGUGGGGCGGCUGGAGCUGAGCAAGGGCCUGAGCCUGAUGGUGCUGGUGCCACGGGGGCCCCCGGGGGCGCUGGGGACCCUGGAGCAGGCGCUGGACCCCCCCGCCUUCCUGGGGCUGCUGCGGCGGGCAGCCCGCACCCCGCUUCAGGCCACCGCCCUAGCCCUGCCUCGCCUGCGCCUCGACCUCGCCCUGGACGUGGUGGCCAUGGUCCACGACAUGGACUACGGGCUGUUCCUGGACGCGGAGCUGUGCGGGCUGGCACGGGGCCCGGCGGUGGCGGUGGAUGCGGCGAGGCACCGGGCGGUGCUGGUGCUGGACGAGGCCGGUGUGGAGGCGGCGGGCGCCAUGGCCACCUCGGUGGCGCGCACAGUCCUGUUGCUGGAUGCCCUGCGCCCCUUCCUCUUCGUCCUCUGGCAUGAUGCCGGCGCUGUCCCUCUCUUCAUGGGCCGCCUCAGCGACCCCCAGCCCUGACCCCUGCCCGCACCCCAGCCCCUGCCUGCCUGCCUGCUGCCCCCCCUGCCCCCCUGCUUCCUCUUCUCCCUCCUUCCCUCCAGCCCUUCUUCCCUCUCUCCCUGGUCUCUCCUGCCCUCCCACCUCCCAUCCCUCCUUCCCUUGGCCCUCCAUCCCUCCUUCUUUUCCCUCCCUCCUUCCCUUGUCCCUCCCUCCUUCCUCUCCUCCCUCCCUUCUUACCCCCCCUUCCAACCACCCUCCAGCCCCCAUCCUUCCCCCUCUUUUCCCUCCCUCCAUCCUCCCUCGUCCCUCCCUGCUUCCUCUUCUACCUCCCCUCCCAUCCCUCCCUCCAGUUCUCCCUCUCUCCCUCCCUCCUUCCCCACCUCCUCCCCAUCUCCUCACCCCUUCCUCCCCCACCUGCCUCCCUUUCCCUCCCCCAUCUCCCCACCCUUCACUCCCCACCCCACCCCACAGGGCAGGAUGGGGUCCCUGACCCCCCCCCCCUGUGCCUCAGUUUCCCCAUCAGCUCGGGGCCUGAGGCCCCAAUAA